AUGGCAAGAACACACAGGAACAGAGGGCUCUGCUCCGGUGUUAAACAGCGUUUUAAGCAACUCUACGAAUACUUCUUCACGAAAAAAAUAAGGGUGGCCUUUAUUGGGCUUAGCGACUCUGGCAAGUCCUCGUUUGUAUCUCCUCUCUUCGAGAACAGAUUUUUACAGGAUAUGAAUUCACCUGAGGUGAGAAUACAGGAAAAGAAGAUGGAUAACAUCAAGGUUCUAAUAUAUGACAUUCCCGGCGAUUCUAGUUCAGUUUCGAAAUGGGAUCACUACUAUAAGAAAUCGGAUGUAAUCAUUUUCUUCCUGAACUCAACGGCUGACGAGGAAACACGAACAAAAUCGAAAAACGAAUUGCAUUCGCUGCUCUAUAGGAACAUGUGGAUGAGGAAAAAUCUGCUGAUUCUUGGAUCAAAGAACGACUUGCCCAGUUCGAUGUCCUGCAAGGACAUUAUUUUGGCGUUGGAUUUAAUGGCGAUUGUUGAUAGAGAAGUAGCAUGUUAUUCUAUUUCAAGCAAAAACUUGACCAACAUAGAUUUGGUACGCGAGUGGAUGGUUGAGCAGGCAGCUCUGGUUGGCGAUAUGAAAUGA